GAAGAUGGGAGAGAACUUACGAGGUUGCUGGGUGUUGGCUGAACCUCUCUGCUAGGGAAUGUGCAGUGUAUCAUUGCUGGUAACUCCUCACCAUUGGGCUGAUCUGGCUAUGGGGCCUGCACUCCAGUUUGCACUGGCAAUUCUUGCACUGGGAAGUUCCCCUAACAGGGUGGUGACUAGUGGAGUUUCUCUUCCCAUAGCAGGACUCUUGUGCCACAGACUGGGUGAGGGGGCCUAGAUGGGAGAAAUCAUAGUCGGGUACUGCUGUCAUGUCAGCUGUGCACAUUCACCAUUUCCACUUCUGGUCUGGUUGGCGUGAGGUAAUGCAGACUGUGAAGUGAGGGGAAAGAAACAGGUUCCUCAUUCACCCUAGAGAAAGGAAGAUGAACAGGAAUGAUCCACCUGAGUUCUUUUCCCUGUGCGUUAAUUCUGUGCUCGGCAUUCUGUUCUCCCCCAUGUUUUGCCAACCCACCUGACUCUUGCCCUGCAGCCACCCCACAAGUUAUUCCAGUCCUGGGCUCACCUGCAGUGAGAAUGGCAAGCUGUGUCUUACCCUGAAAUGGCAAGUAGGUAUGGUCCCAUCUCCCAGUGAUGCUCUCCAUCACGGUGUAUCCAAGUCAGUCCCUUACCAGCAAGAAGCUUAUACAAGAAAUGAGAAUUCCUAUAAAGAUGUGGCUUCAGCUAACUAGAGUAAAAUAAUAAUUGGGCUGGUGUUUUUGGCCACUUGCUCAGAACUGCAGUCCUGGUGGCACUGAGUGGCCUAACUCAUGGGAACUGGGACCUCUCUGUUCAACCUUUUGGAGCCGUGUCAGACAGAUGAUUCUCUGGGCUUUGUUCAUUAACAUUGCAGUAAUGCUGACUUUCUUGCUCUAAUUUAAGCCUCAUCACAGUUUGGGGGGUGUGAAGCCAUGUGUGGAAAAACAACCACUUCUUGGAAAAGUCUGGUAGCACAUGGUUUUGUAACAGUCUUGUCCAUCCUCGGUGCUUACUGAGCAGCCCUGAUCCUUGUGACAAACCUGGGAGCAGACCUGUGGACUACAAGAAGAGUCAGCAUUAAAACCAACCAACCGCUUCAUCAGAUCUGAGCCUGCUUUUGUGGGGAAACCUCCAGAUGCUGGUCUGCCACAUGGGCAACUAGGGGUUAAUAGAUAUAUAUGUUUAUACUCACAAUGUGGCCAGCCAGCCAUUGCAAUAGAGAAGUACAGCGCUCAUUGGCUCUCUGUUGAGGUUUUCUUUCUCUCUGAGAUCCAUCGAGUCACUUCCUGCUAAAACUCUUCAUCAUGCUGUCAUUUUUCACUUAAUUGGAUGGCCAGUUUGCAGUCCACGGCUAGCCUGGAGGCAGGCUGAACCUCUGUUCAUGGAUUCAUCAGCAUAUACAGGGAGUGCUAACAGGCAGAUCAUUUUCUUCACAGGAUAGCACCAGGCUUACCCACCGGGAAGUUGUUUUUUUUAAACCCUCAUACAACAAUUGCACAUUUGACUCACUUGGCACAGUGAAAUUAGCCGAAUUCCGCAACCUCAGUUGCGACCCCUCCUCAGAGCAGCAGCAAGUCUUGGGUUGAGCUGCAGCCUGCGCUCUGUUCUCUGACAGGCAGCAGCAUCCAUGAUCUAAAACACCCUCCCUGCCAAACAUGAAUAACUCAACGCUUGGGCAACCAGGCCCAUCACAGGAGGACAGGCUGAUUUGUUUGUUAGAAACAGAUGACAGUGUCCAGGAGGACAAACCUGCAGUGGAUAAGCAGGGAGAAAGAAGAGAGGCAGGUGGAAAGAAAGAAGAACUACCACCACUGGAGACUCCCUUUGAGAAGGAAAGCAAGGAUUUUGCUCCUAAAAUCAAGGUCAAUUUGAAUUAUCGACGACAACCUGCCAGCAACCAAAAGGACACAAACCGCUUUGACAGAGACCGGCUUUUUGGUGCAGUCUCAAAGGGCAAUGCGGAGGAGCUGGAUGGCUUGUUCAGUUACUUGGAGUUAACAUCCAAAUUUCUCACUAAUUCAGAAUAUACAGAUGCAAAGACAGGGAAGACCUGCUUGAUGAAAGCCCUGCUGAAUUUAAAAGAUGGGAAGAAUGCCACAAUCCCAGUUUUACUGAAAAUAGAUGAGGACAGAGGACAUAGACCGCCUCAAAAGAUGCUUGUUAAUGCAGCAUGUACGGAUAAUUAUUAUAAAGGGCAGACAGCACUCCACAUUGCCAUAGAGAAGAGGCAACUGGAACUAGUGAAGCUCCUGGUAGAGAAGGGAGCUGAUGUCCAUGCCAGGGCCCAUGGCAUGUUCUUCAAGAAGAAAAAGGGAAUUUGCUUUUAUUUUGGUGAACUUCCCCUGUCCUUGGCUGCUUGCACCAACCAGCUCAACGUGGUCCAGUAUCUACUGGAGAACCCCCACAACAGAGCCAGUCUCCAGGAAAAGGAUUCUCUGGGCAACACAGUUCUCCAUGCCUUGGUGAUGAUAGCAGAUGACACCCAGGAGAACACAGAGUUUGUGAGCAAGAUGUAUGAUGAGAUCUUAAGGGCAGGUGUGAAGAUUGUCCCAACACAGAAGCUGGAAGAGGCAGUGAAUUGUGAUGGGUUAACGCCACUGCAGCUGGCUGCCAAGGGUGGCAAAGUAGAGAUCUUCAAACACAUUCUUCAAAGAGAAAUUGAGGAGCCAGAGUACCAGCACCUGUCACGCAAGUUCACUGAAUGGACCUACGGCCCCAUCCAGGUGUCUCUUUAUGACCUGUCCUCAGUUGAUAACUGUAAGAAUUCUGUGCUGGAGAUCCUGGCCUACAGCAGUGACACACCGAAUCGAUACAAAAUGGUGGUUUUGGAACCACUGAACAAACUGAUUCAGCACAAAUGGGACACUUUUGCUGCCAGGAGAUUUUACUUGAGUUUUUUUUCUUAUUUGAUGUUCAUGAUCAUCUUCUCAGUCUUUGCCUACCAUUGUCCCCUGCACGAGCAGCCUCUGUUCCCAAUGGAGUUCAAUGCUGAAGGCUUCCUGUGGCUCACUGGACUGAUCAUUAUCUUUCUGGGAGGCAUUUACUUCUUAAUUGCUCAGAGUCGGUACUUGUGGAGGAGGCAAUUCUCUCUGAGGAACAUCUUCUCUGAUGAUUGCAUUGAGAUCUUGCUCUUACUUCAGGGACUCUUGCUGCUGCUUUCAUUAGUUCUAUACUUGAUGAGUUUGGAAUACUACACCCCGUUGAUGGUCUCCUCUUUGCUGCUGGGAUGGGUGAACAUGCUGUACUACACUCGGGGCUUCCAGUGCACUGGGAUGUACAGUGUCAUGAUACAGAAGACCAUCCUGAGGGACCUGCUGCGCUUCCUCCUGGUGUACGGGCUCUUCCUGUUUGGCUUUUCGGCAGCUCUAGUCACCCUCACUGGGGAGCCCCCAUCAGCAGCCCAGAACAAAUCUGUUACCCAGGCGGAGGAGGAUAAAGGCCGCUUUGGGUAUGGCAGGCUGUUUACUACCUCCCUGGAGCUCUUCAAGUUCACCAUUGGCAUGGGGGACCUGGAGUUCCAGGAGCAAGUGAAAUUCAAAUACUUUGUCAUGCUGCUGCUGCUGUUGUAUAUAAUCCUGACCUACAUCCUCUUGCUCAACAUGUUGAUUGCGCUCAUGAACGAGACUGUCACCAACGUCUCUGGUUAUAGCAGAAGCAUCUGGAAGCUGCAGAGAACUACUGCCAUUCUGGAAAUAGAAAAGCACUUUUUGUGGUCCUGGGGAAGGAAGGAGAGAUCUGGCUGCUUUGUGUCUGUGGGCCUUAAUAAGGAAGAUGAGAGAUGGUGUUUCAGAGUGGAGGAGCUUAAAUGGACUAAUUGGAACAAGGAGCUGGGAGUCCUCAAGGAAGAUCCUGGGAACUCCAGAAGCUUGGAAAGAAGCCCUGUAGAAGAGAGACUGUGGAGCUGGAUGCUACGGGCACGAUCCAGAACACCUGCUCGGGAGGACCAGUUUCUAUUACAACCUAUUGAUCCAUGACUGAGACGAUGCUCCUAGAAGGACCAGUCAGGAGGCUGUAACAGGGUUUGGGGUUACAGCAUGCCCCAUAUCUGCAACAGAAUUAUUUCUUGCUAUAGCGCUGCUAAUAGCCAGAUGGAGGAACCUGAAGAACGAUCAGUAUUAACAUGCAUCCCCUCAAAAACUGUGGUUCAGCUUGUGGCUUUGAAAUAUUUUUAUGCAAAUGAAGUAUUUCCUCUGAAAAAGCCAUUUCUGCCUGGCAUUUUUGUGGCACAGUGCUUUAAAAAGUCCAGGGGGUGUGUGUGUGUGGGGGGGGGGGGGGGGACGACAGUGAGAUUUGGGUUGUACAUCUUAGAGCCCAGGCAGCUUUGUGAUUUGAAAGGUCUCCUGAGAGGUACAGAUUAAAAUAACAGUUGGGCCAAAUCAUCCCAUGAUGCUUUUGAGGCAGAUAAUUCUGUGUGUCCCGUUUGCCAUUUGUAGAUCUUACAGACAAGACCUUUCUUAACCACAGGCUGGCUUUUGAUGCCACAGAACCUUUCAUGAGAGGAGGUGUUUGCCCAUGGUUUGUGGCCAAAAAUGAUUUCCCUCCCAGCGUUACACAGUGUGCAGCAUGUACUUGGCUUCCACCCUUUGCCCCAGAGGUGGUUGCACUGCAGCUGGUCUAUGUCUGAACUGCUUUGGGAUGAAAGGCUUGAUGGAGGAAUAAAAUAUGGUUUGAGUUUCUAA